UGGAGUACGUCACUGUAUUAUACCCGAAAGCCAAGACAAGAGAACUACAUAGAACCCAAACGCAGCGAGAGACGUUUAGGAUUGAAGCCACGGCGGAUUAUUUCUUUAUUAUGGCGAUAAUUCCUUCACGGAAAAGAACGACUGCUAUCUACAAUUUCAACAGUUUCCGUAUUUCAACCAGAAACUUACAUUGGAGCGCGCGCAUGACAACUGGUUAAAGUGUUAUGUAUCAGAGGUAAGAGUUGCCCUGUUCUAGCUGUUAGUGUGGUCUUACUCGGAUAGAUAGAACACAAAUCUUUUGUUUAUAAUAUAUUGUAGUAGAAAACGUUCAUUUGUUUCUCUAAAGCUUAAACGCUUCGUUCACGCAGAACUAACUGGUAUAAAGUUGGCUUGACGUUGGACGGUCGAUAUUCACAGAUGUACACAAAUUAAGGGACCGUCUCUAAAGUUACAUACGACAUUGUUAUACACGUUUCUCACUUCAGUAGCAUUUGAAGGGAAUGACUGGAAAUGCUGUUAAUAAUGUGGAAUUCCUUCGGCUCCCAUCCACAAUCUGUCGAAACAACAUGUACAUAAAUUAACCCGUACACAGUUCCCUACUUACAGUUUUCAAAAUAAAAUGCGCUCAGUUACCAAAAAUGUCAGUUUGUGUAGGUUUUUUUGGUUCGUGCAUUGUAGGGUUAAUAACGAAAAUCUAAAAAGUGUGCGUGAUAGAUGACAUAGAUGAACACUUUACAGUUGGCUUUGUGACUACAAGUCAUUCCCUUCAAAUGCUAUUGAAGUUAGAAACGUGAAUAACAAUGUAUGUCACUUUAGAGACGGUCCCUUAAUUUCCGCAAAUCUGCGAAUAUCGAGUGUCUGUAGAAUAUAGAAUGUUAUACCAGUGUAGAGACGUACUGUUGACGUCAUCAGUUUUCUGCAUUUAGUAAACUGGUUAAACUGUUAUUUAUCAGAAGAGUGUUGUAGUUGUAGUUGAGGUAUUCUAAUAGUCAGUUUUGCCUUAAUAUUUUAAUAAUGUCUUAAAUAUUUAACAUAUUUUCAGAAAAAAAGAGAAAAAAAAGGUACCAUUCCUUCUUAAAUAAUUUUGCUCUUUAUCCACUUGGCCCCUUGGCUCUUACAGGAGAAAAUCUGUCUGUUCUGUGUUACAGAAUAUUUGCUUUUAUUUGUGUGACAUUUUCAGGAAAGUUGUCCAUCACUGUGUAAGUAAAUAUUAGUAGGCUACAUCUUAAAUGUAAAUAUGUUGUUCUUGUGUACCAGAAAAAAGAGGCCAUGACAAACCACACGAAGAAUUCGAGCCUAAAGGUAAAAGACGGGCCCAGAGAAAACAAAAUGCCCAUCAUUUCUGAGAAGAGUGUUGAUCCAGAAAUGAAGGAGAAUAUCCCGUCUGAUCAACUGGCAGUUACAGAAGUUCUGGUCUCAGACUGGCUUGAAUGUCAGUCUGUAGUUCCGGAUAAAAGAGAUGAUGAUGAUGAUGAUGAUGAUGAUGAUGAUUAUGACGAUGACGAUGAUAGAGAUGGUGAAACAGGAUGGAGUUCAGAAGAAGAUGAAGGAGUUUCAGAGAUGUCUUCCGAGAACAGAGAGUUAUGGGAGGCCUUCUUGAACCACAGUGAUCCCUAUAAUCCACUCCACUUCUCCUGCCCUACUGAAGACAAAGUGAAGGCUUCAGACAAUGAUCAUCAUGAUGAUGAUGAGGAGGAGGAUGAUGAGGAGGAACCUGUUUCUCGUUGUCCUCAAAAGAAAGAUGAAACAGAAUGGAGUGAGGAAGAAGAAUCUGUUUGGUCAGAUGAAGAAGAUUUAAAGAUGUCUGCAGAGAACAGAGAGUUAUGGGAGUCGUUUGUGAACAAAAGUGACCCCUUUGAUCCACUCUGCUUCUCCUGUUCUACUGGAGUCAAAGUAAAAGCUUCAGAGAACCACACAGUGUCAAGUCCCACAGCCAGUGAUGUGGAGGACAAUCCUGAACAGAACACAAAGGAAAGAGCAACAAAGGUGCGUUUCAGUGAGGAGGUGACCAUACACUACAUCGAAUGGAACGCUGCGAACCAGGCAGCACGAGAUGGGUCAUGCUGGAUGGAGAUGGCGAGGGACAGAGAUCGUUUUAAAAGGCGAGUGGAGCAAAUUGGAGAGAUCAUCAGCCCGUGUCUCACAGCUCAGCACAGAGCCAAAGUUUUGGACAGACUUUCGAACCACUCUGAUAACAUUUUAGCAGUUCAGUGUCGGCAAACAACAAAAUACCAGCAAAAAACUGAAAAAAUCAUGGCAGCUAUAUCUAUAAAGAUUCUGUUAUGGUGCUUAUGUAUUUGCUUCAAGACACUGACAUUAUUGAACUGUUUUAAUCAAACAAUGAGAAACAUUACAUAAACAGAACAGAACAGAAAAAAAAUGUCAAUAAACAUUGCAUGAACUUUA